AUGGAAGGACAGGUUAAAACUCUUUCGUUUACCACGAUUGCUAAUGUCACUGGACACACGGCAGUUAAUGGACAGACAGUUUUAAACACGUUAUCCGAUGAAGAUCGUCCAACCUGCAUGUUUUCUACAGUACUUUCUCCCAUUGCAGCGAUUACGACGACACCAAAUUCUAAAGUGCAUCGUUCUAUGAAGGAAAACGCACGGGAAAUUGUAAACUGUAAACGAAGGUUAGAUUUUAACCACGCAGGCUACAUCCCAAUGCACCGUCCACAGACAGUGGCCGUGGCUCGUCGCAACGAACGAGAGAGAAAUAGAGUGAAGCUAAUCAACAUGACAUUCGCCACGUUACGCGAACAUCUUCCCAACGCUUCCAAGGGAGGCAAGAACAGAAAAAUGAGCAAAGUGGAAACGUUGCGGGCGGCCAUCGAAUAUAUUCGCUAUCUGCAACAAAUGGUCGACGAACAUGAUGCUGUGAAUGCGGUCUUUGACAGCAGCUACCUGUCGGCGGCCGGGCUCACAGCCGCUAGCCUCACAGCUGCUGGACUCUACCAGAACACAGCCAUCCAUUCGCCAAGGCCAAGCUCCUGUUCAGACAGUUCCUUAGAGGGUCUCAGCGCCGAAGAAGAAGAACUUGUUGAUUUUGCGAAUUGGCACUCUCUCUUCUCUCUCUCUCUCUCUUUCUUUUUCUCUCUCUCUGAUUUACUAUUUUGUUGUCUGGUUAGGUUUUCAUAUAAUUCUUCCGGUUUCCGGUCAUCGACAGCAUGA